AUGACAACCAUUCUCGAUGUCCCGGGCAGCAGCCCCCCGAAUCCCUUCACCACGCCCAUUCAAGCCCUUGUCACUACCAACCUUUCCUCAGCGCCAGUGCCAGCGCUGGACGAAACAGCCGCCUACCUUGUCACCUCUAUUACUACCUCUCCGGACCCCGCUCACGCGCUUUGGAUGCUCUGGGAUGCCUUUUUUACGGCCGUCGUCACCUCUUCAACUUCACACGACCCUCGCCUAGCCCUCCUCGACGCGCUCCGCGUGCAGCUACCGACGCAGCCUAACAACGUACCCUCGAGAUCCGAUGCGGAGCGACGACUCCGUAGCUACACCGGGGCCGAUGGAAAACUACAGUGGCAGACACUGCCGCGCUUCGGCGCGCAGUGGCGCGAUGUGCAUGACAUUCUUGAGGCCUGGCGCGAUUGGGAUGGUGUGCGUGAAUCGAGUGCAAAAGACAACUCCACUGCCAUUACUUUAAUCAACAGCGGUGACAAGUACUUCCUCCGCUUCUGCGGUUUCUCGGCCGCGCUGCUCAAAGCGACCAAGGGUAAAAGCGAGGGUGCAUCCUAUAUGGGUCUUGUAUGCAUGCCGCGAUGUGCUGGAGAGCCAGGGACCCCAGUCCGGCCAACCAAAAGCGCACAGGAUGACACCGGAGCAGAUGUGGGCGCUGGAUGUUCGAGUAGCAGCGAUCUGGAUACGGGAUGGGGGCCGGGCACUAUGGGAGGCGGAUCACGAGGAGCUGCGGCAUCACUGGGCAGCGGCGUUAGAUUACAAGACGGAACUAUGGCCGAGAGAUGA